UUCUGUGAUAGUAAAUUUAAAAUAUAUUUGUUCUAGGUUUUAUUUAGUCUUCUCAAGUUCUUUUUUGUCAUUAAGGUUUUAAUAGCUGUUAAUCCGCGAAAAUAGUGGAAGCCUUGUACAAUAUAUUGUAUUUAAAAAGAAAAUUUUACAAACACCAAACUGUGAAUCAUGUCUUCAAAAGACGAUACUGGCCGAGAAGCUGAAGAAUCUCUACUAUAUUCAGCCAGACAUGGAGAAUUAUCAGUCGUUAAAGCAUUACUUGAAGCAAAGAGAGAGGGAAAAUUGACUUUGGAUAUUAACUGCAAAGGUAAAAGCAGAAUAAAUUAUGGCUGGACACCGCUACAUUUGGCUACGUACUUUGCGCACAAAGAAGUUGUUGAGGUGCUGCUCGACAGUGGCGUCAAUGUGGAUGAAGUAAAUGACAAUGGAGACACAGCUCUGCACAAAGCUUCAUUCACUGGAAACGAAGAACUAGUGAUACUCCUACUGAACUAUAAAGCUGAUGUCAACAUAAUGAACGGUGAGGGUCAGACGGCGUGUGACGUCAGUAAGACACAUGAUGUGCAGCGGCUGUUGGAAGCGGCGCAGAAAUCUGAGCGCGUAGACAAGGAGCGGCAGCUGCUCACUGCUGCUAAGGAUGGACGGGUUGAAGAUGUACAGGCAUUGCUGAGUGGUGUCAGUCCUCCGAAUAUAAACUGCGUGGAUAGUCAAGGCAACUCGGGGCUGCAUUGCGCAGCGUACCGGGGACAGGCGCGCGUCGCCGUCCUUCUGUUGCAAAACGGCAUUGACACCACGCUCAGGAAUAAUACGGGUCAGCUGGCCAUAGACCUGGCGAAGGAUGAUGAUAUGCGCGAGGUGCUAAGCGUGCGGCCGGUGCAGAAGCUGCAGCGCACAGCCGCCAGGUUCGAGGGACCUCUGCUUAAGAAGUCGCGCUUUCUCGGCUGGAGGCCAGUUUGGGCGGUGUUACAACGCGGUGUGUUGAUGUACUACGGGUCUCGGGCGGAGGCUGCGCGGUGUGGGGCGGGGCGAGGCGGAGUUGGGGGCGGGGCCAAGAAGUACCUUGAUGGGGCGCGGCUCUCAGCACCUCCAGCACAGCCUGCGCUGCUGCUGCUGCACUACAGCGACGGCGAUAGCCAUCGUCUCGCCGUUGACGCUGCAGAACCAGACACGCUCGCAUGCAGACAGUCGUGGAUAACAGCUUUGAACGAGCACAUCGCGUACUCUGGACACUAUUUGUGGGCGGGCGCCGGCCCUGAGACCGCUAAGGAGGCCACUGAGGACGACGAUUGCAAACCACUUGGGUCUAUGCAGGAUGCACUGACUACAGCCAACAAUCGUCUGGCAGUGCUGGAGACACAGCUGCGUGAAUGUGGUGCUAUAGUUGCAGCACUAGACAACACUGCUGCACUCGGCAACUCACUACAUCACUCCGCUUACAUGCGUUUCCAGCACGCUUGUGGUACUGGGGCGGAGGCUCUGAGUGCUCUGAGGCACUGCGCCGCACUUGUAGCGCAGGCACGAGACCGCGACCAGUAUGUGUUAUGUGCGCAGUUAGAACGUAACCGUGUACUGGAGGAGGCGCUGGCGGCACUCGCGCGUACACACCACGCCCUAGAGAUGUCCGUCGCUGACGAGAUCACUAAGAGUAAACGAAAAAAAAAGUUAUCACAAACCGAAUCGAAAGAAAAUUUCUUUGACGUAUAUGACGAGUCAGGUGAUGAUGACGACACGCUGGUGACUGCAGGACUGUCAAGUCCACUGGGCGCCCUCAGCCCUUGGGGCAGCAGUCCUGACCUCACACGACACACGCCCAUCGGAAGUGUUGAUAGUGAUGAGGAUGAUAAGACGGCAACAAACGAGGGCAAGCUGGAGCGCGCGGUGUCGGGGUCGUCGUGGUCCUUCCGCAGCGAGUGCUCGCGCGGCACGCUGGUGUCUCAGGACGGGCACGUGUACCGCAACGCCCGCCCCUACCGCAGCCCCGCCACGCCCAGUUCUGAUAAAUCGUAGUAGGUAUGAAUUAAGUACAAUACAGGACGCAGCAUUUAUCAUAUGACAAUUAGCACAAAUACGACAACACACUUGAAAUAUUUCCUUUAAAUAUUUUAAGGAA